CUGAAACAAAGUUCCUGACGGUGUACAUAUUUAUGGAAAUUGAAUUCAAGUGGUUCGGGCUGCAAGAAAAGGUUCAGAAAGACAUCAGCAGGGCUCAUACUCGAAUUUAUACGAACUUCUACCGGACCCUCAUCUGCAGUCUGGACGAGUGGUAUGGGAUGACUAUGGAGGAUAUCAGAGAGCUUGAAGCAAAAAUCAAAAGGGAUCUAGAUGAGGCUCGAGUCUCUGGUGAAGUUCGUGGGAUGGUCGAAAAUUAAAAUGAUGUCUUCCCGAUUUAUUCACACUGAGUACGCCAUUUGAUUCCAAGUAUAUGGCUCUAGUAAUAUACAACUUCAUAUCACCGAAAAA